AUGGUUCUGGCUGACGGCGCCAUGAUAACGUUCAGGUGUAAUGACGGCCACAGGCUGUGUGGGCCCAGGACACUCACCUGUGUCACCCCUCCCAUGGGGAAGCCUGUCUGGGACCAAGCCUUACCUACAUGUGAACGAAUUCCCGGCUAUGUUGGCUGUUUUGACAAUGAGGACACUGAGCCGUUCUUGUUUGAUCUGAACACUGAGUGGAGUGAUGACGCCAUGACAGUGGAGAAAUGUAUCUCAAGGUGUUCCACAGAAGGUUUCAGCUUUGCAGGUCUUAUGGACGGAGACGAGUGUUACUGCGCCAAGACCGGUCUCAAUUUCACGGCAUAUGGUCGUAAGCGGUGUGAGGACAGGUGUGAGGGAGACGCUACCCAGGUGUGUGGAGAGGACGACGACCAGGUGUCCGUUUAUGACGUGGUUUGGUACAACAUGGUGUCCAAUGCUGGUAACGGAACGGUCCCUGUCAUUGGUUGA